CUUAGGUUUAACUCGGCGGCCAUCGCAAACGAUGGCACCGAUGGUGGUUAACCAGCAGCAACAGUUUUAAAACACGUGGCUCGUUUUGUUUUUGCUCUUAUUCUAAUGUUUUGUUUGAUUUUGUUGAUGUAUUCUAUUUCGAUUGAACGCUUGUUGUUUCGUACAAAGUUCUUGUUUUUAUCUGUAUUUCUUCUUUUGUUUUCUUGUCAUUCUGUCGAUUGUGCAGUUUUGUGUUUGUGUUUUUGCCUCUUUCAUGUAAUGCCUUCUUUUUUGUACAGUUCCAUUUGGCACGUUGGAAGAAUUAUGUGGGUUGGUUGCAACGGGUCAGGCGUCAAAUUAAAUAUUAUAGAUCAUGUCAAUUAUAUUGUGGGGUGUUGUUGAUGUAGAUGUGUAGGUUAUGUGGAGUAGAUGUGGAGUAGAUGUGGAUGUAGAUGUUGAUGUAGUUGCCUGGAUAUCUA